CUAAUCAAAAUUAUGAAAGGCCCCCCUCAACUGCGUGGUUUUCCUAAUGCCUCCGUUCCUCUUCUUAUGUGCUGGAGGGUCUAUUUCUACUAACCUGAAAACAUUCCCUCCCAAAAACCCUAACCCGAAGAUUAUACAUCCUCUCAAAUGUAACAACUUUUUGUGCCUAAUUCGGAAAUCAUUUCUUUUCGUAUAAAAGGCUACUCAGGCUGUGAUGUAAUGGAGGGGAGUACUGAUCAUGUGGACAGAAUAUCUUCAUUGCCGGAUUCCAUAUUGCACCAUAUUUUGUCAUUUGUGUCACUGAAGCAAGCUGUUCGAACUAGUGUAUUGUCUAAAAGAUGGAAAGAAACAUGGCACACAUGUCCAAUUUUAGUACUUAAUGAUCACACUCACGGUUAUUUUGGAAGGGUAAAAGAGGUGUUGAAGUGUAUGGAGCAAACUUUACUAAACCGUCACAUGGAGAUGAUAAGUAUAAGGAAACUUGUGGUAAGCUUGUCUUGUUUUUGGAAUGAUCCAGAAUUUGCAGCAUUGGUAAAUCGAUGUGUUUGCUUUGCAAUUGGAAGUAAUGUCAAAGAGCUUAAACUUCGGUUUCCAUUUUUCUGGGGAGGAUACAAUUUGCCUCAAAUUGUUUUUUGUGCAAAAUCCAUUAAUGUGCUAGAGUUAUCUGGCUGUAAGCUGUCCCAUCCAAGAAUUAGUGUGCAGUUGUACCUGAGAAAACUGAGUCUGGUGGAUGUUUAUGCAGAUGAUCAAAUGAUUAGGAAUCUCUUUUCUAGGUGCCCGUUGAUUGAGUAUCUGACAAUUGAAUCAUCUAAAGGUUUUAAAAGCCUAGAGUUAUUUAAUCUUAGCAAACUACAUGAAGUGAAGGUAAGUAACAAUGAUGAACUCGAUAAGGUGGAGAUCAAAGCAUUGAAUGUUCAUUCAGUAACUAUUGCUGAAAUGAUAACAUGUGUGAUCGAUGUAGUAUCUUGUGAGAAUCUGAAAUGCUUAUUAUUAGUGGAGCUUUCAAUAACAGAUGAUUGGUUGUGUAAUGUAAUCCAACACUUUUUGGUCCUCCAGUUCUUAAGCAUAACUAAUUGCCAUGAGUUAAAGAGUAUUAGUAUUUCAAGUCCUAGUCUUAAGGAAUUGAUCAUCAGUGGAUCUGCUUUGGUUGAAGUAAAGCUUGAGACUCCAAAUUUAAGUAUAUUCAAAUUUAAGGGUCAUCCAAUAUACUUUACUUCAAAUGCUAUGGCUUUGUCAAAAACUGAUCUCUACAUCUAUGGUUAUGAUGGUACUCAGGUUUUAGUUAAGUACAUUGAACUUCUUGCAAACUUUAAUCAGUGUUCUGAAGUGCUGACUUUACAAAGCUGCACGGGUGAGAUUGCCAUUAUUCCUAGUGAAUGGAGGCAAAUCUUACAUCCUCCUUUAUCCGGGGUCAAACAUUUGAACCUUCAAAUAGAUGGUGAUCUGCUGGAUUUCACAAUUCCAGAACUAAUGGAUAGCUUGCUCUGGCUUUCACCUCAUACAGAGACUAUAUCGAUGAAUUUUAAUUUAGUUUACAGUCAUAAGUAUUUGUUUCAGUUCUCAUACAAGAAGCAGCUUACUCAUGAAGGAGAGACUCCUAGUUGUUGUCAAUCCUGCCCCGUCUCAUGUUGGCAGAAUUGUCUCAAGGGAGUUAUGAUUGAACAUACCGUGACAUCUACUGGUCCACCUGCUUAUGUAGACAGGUUCUCUUUUGAGAAGGCGGCCUUGGAAAAGCGUACCUUUGUAGAAAGGUUCUAUUUUCACAACAAGAUCUGGGAUAAGCUUAAUCAUCUUUAUUUGAAUUUGAGGAAUAUGUAUAGUUACAUGUUUGAUGGAAAUAUAUAGUUAUCUGUUUGAUGAUAUCAGUAGCGCUUAAAAAAUUCUGGUUUCAUUAUCGAAUUCUCAUAUAUGUAGGGCAGCCUUAAAUAGGUAUUAGUUUUCAACUUAAACUUUAGUGAAGGCAAAUCGGUUUGACAUAUUCUGUAUGUAGGAGUUGCUUGUAAUAUAAAUGUAGUGGUUUGAUCAGGAUGAUUGGCCUGGCAUGUUUGAACA